ACACACUCUCACAACCUGGUGUUUCAUACACGGUGACAGGCCGUUUCGACCAAAACGCGACCCGGUUGUGCAUUGGGAACCUCUCGGCAAACGUCAAACACAAAUUGUCAACAAAACAGUCCUUUUCGGCAAGAAAUAAUAAGUGUAAAAAUAACAGUGAGCCAUAACAGCCUUCGGGUAGCGAAAAAAUGUCCCAAACCAUUGCGAAAUAUCGGCAAAAUUAGUUGUAAAAAGCACCUUUUCGCAAACCAAACCCCUCUCCAUUUCAAUACCCCCUAUCGGAUAGCGUCAACGUCAGCGCAGGGACCGAAACCGGCCAGAGCCCCUUUAUCCACAAGAAAAGCUAGGACAUAGGGCACGCUCCCCAGUGGAGGUGCCUCUAUUGUACGCUUUAUUUCUCAAACGCGCACCGACGCAACAUGACGAUUCACCGAGCAGCAUGGCUGUUGCUAUGCCACCGGAGUCAGCUGCACCAGGUGCCGAUGCGAAAACUUUCGCUCGGAUGUCCACCGAGGCCGCACGCGUGGAUGGACGCCGUGUUGGCCGGACAAGUGGUGCGCGGCAAUAAACGGUUCCACCAAAGAAGUUUCACCUCGUCACGCAUCGUCAACCAGUCGAAGGAGGAGCAAGACAAGCGGAAGGAAAAGGUGCAAGCGCAAGGCAGCACCAAUCCACCACCGGUCGAGCAGGAAUCGCGCCUCGAGAUAGACACGAAGCAUGGCAAACUGUUGGUAAAAACCACACUGGCCGACUCGAAGCUGCAAGAGAUUAUAAUAGAGAAACCAAACAAUGAAACGGGUAAAAAGGAUGACCUACCAAAACCGUCGCUGCUUGCGGAAGAGGAUGCCCGAGCCAAAGCGGAAGCCGAGCUGAAGGAACAGCUGGCCGAAAAGAAUCGCCAGCUAGCGAAGAAACGCAUCCGGGUGGACUUUUCGCGCUCUUCGCUGGAGCGAAACUUUAUCACACCGGUACGGGCCAUGUCGGAUUUUCUGCUCAAACCCUCCGAUUUGGAAUCGUUGGCAAAAACGAAGCGCCGCUCACCGUACGAGCAGGAACCGCCCAUCACGGUCUACUGGCGGAAGGAUGUGGAGGCGAAAGCGAUCGAGGUGUGGGGAUCGCGGGAAAAUCUUCUGAAGGAAUGCUUGAAACGAGAAAUCGAAAAGAAGAUGCACCAACAGAAUAUAUUUACGGUGAAGCGAAGGCUGCGCGAUUACCGGCGAGAGAUUGGCAGCCGCACAAAUGUGGUCGAUUCCGAACCGGGACUGUUUGGGAAGUCGGGCAAGGUGGUGCUGACGGCGAUCGCAAUCAAUGCAACCAACUGUCUGUUCAAGUUCGGCGCCUGGUUGUAUACGGGCUCGCACAGUAUGUUUGCGGAGACGAUUCACUCGCUUGCGGACACGAUUAACCAGCUCAUCCUGGCGUACGGCAUCCACAAAUCGACGCAGAUCGCCGAUUCCGACCAUCCGUACGGAUACAGCAACAUGAAGUACGUGUCAUCGCUUAUAUCGGGUGUGGGUAUUUUCUGUGUCGGCACGGGACUGUCGUUCUAUCACGGCAUAAUGGGCCUGGUGGAUCCUCAUCCGAUUGAUGACUUUUUCUGGGCAUUCUUCAUCCUGGGUGGAUCGCUAGUGUCGGAAGGUGCCACUCUGCUGGUGGCAAUCAAUAGCUGUCGGAGUGGUGCGAAAGCCCUCGGAAUGAGCUUUAGAGAUUACGUGGUCCGCGGACAAGAUCCGUGCGUUAAUGUGGUACUUACGGAGGAUGCCGCCGCGGUAUUAAGUGUAGCGCUAGCAGCAACCUGCAUGGGCCUUUCCACCUACACCGGUUCACCGAUCCCCGAUGCGGUAGGAUCACUGCUGGUCGGCUGCAUGCUGGGCGGUGUGGCGUCCUUCAUCAUCUACACGAACGUGGCAGCAUUGGUUGGGCGUUCGAUUCGCCAGGAGAAUCUCGACAAGAUCAACGCCGAGCUGGAGAGUGACAUUAUGAUCCGCGCGAUCCAUGACGUGAAGGGUAUAGAUAUGGGGAACUCAUUGGUUAGAUAUAAGGCUGAAAUGGAUUUCGAUGGACGCGAGCUAACGCGCGUCUAUCUGGACAAGCAGGAUCUAAACCUGCUGCUGGAGGAGGUCCGCACGUUCCAAACGAUCGACGAGCUGGAAGCGUUUCUGCUGAAACACGGCGAAAACAUUGUCGAUCUGAUGGGUGGUGAAAUUGAUAGGAUUGAAAUGAAACUACGGAAAAAAUUCCCCGAAAUAAGACACUGUGAUUUGGAGAUACUGUAAGCGAUAAAAGUAAAGCUGGCUUCCUGUUUUUUUUGUUUUGUUUUAUUUGUUAACGUCAUUAGUAUGAGCACGAGCAACGUUUUUGCGGCACGGCACUAUAAAGAAACGCGAACAAGAAAGCUAUCAAGAGCUCCAGUCCAUGCGAACCGUCUGUGUGUUGUGACCGUUCCAACUUCAGUACAAGACAAGAGAGAAAAGGUAUAGAAUUAAAAACAAAAUCAACUACAAAUACAUAAUAUAAAGUUCCGAUCGUCGGCCGAUGUUCAUUGUUAGACAAUACGGUGGCUACUAAUAGAACCAAUAAAUGCAAAGCAAACAACACAAACUAA